ACAAAAACUCUCAGUAUGUGUUGAGUGAACACCGAGAAUACCAAAAUGUUGUCUGAUUGAUACCAACAACUUCUAAAUUUCCUUCAUCUGUCUUUAUUAUCUUCUUCUUUCUUGGAUCAAAAUCCUUGAAGUUUACUGAUUAGCAGCAGCCUCCUUCAAAUCUUUUGACCCAAGAAAACAAAAAGAAAAAGAAAAUGUGGACCAUGAUACCUCAAGGAAUCAAUCUGUCUCCAAAUUACAACAAAUUGCCCCUUUUCUAUCCUUCUAGGUUUCAUCAAUCUCCUCUCUCUAACCAUCUUUCAACAUCUGACUCGAUAGGGAUUUGCAAAGCGAGUCAAGUGGUUGAAAUAUUUCCAAUCGUCUCCCCCGAAAUUGUUGUUCGUGAAGCAAGAAUUGAAGAUUGUUGGGAAGUUGCAGAAACGCAUUGUAGCUCCUUCUUCCCUGAAUAUUCCUUCCCAUUAGACUUUGUUCUGAGGAUUGAUAGACUACUUGCACUCGUUUUUGGAUUGUCAGUACCCCCUGGUUGUAGAAGAACAUGUCUGGUUGCUGUCGCUGGUGCUUCUGAAGAUGACAUGUUCUGUAUCGGUGAUGAAGAUCUCAAAAUUGCCGGCUUUGGUGCAAAAGUUAGUUUGAAUAAGGGUUAUGUUGCUGGGAUUUUGACUUUAGACACUGUGGCUGAUUUUCUUCCUAGGAAAGGACCUCUUCGACAGAGAAGGACCGGUAUUGCAUAUGUAUCAAACGUUGCAGUUAGAGAAAGGUUUAGACGAAAGGGAAUAGCGAAAAAGCUCAUAGCAAAAGCAGAAGCUCAAGCCAGAAGCUGGGGAUGUCGAUCCAUUGCAUUGCAUUGUGACCUAAACAACCCUAGUGCCACCAACUUAUACCGAAACCAGGGUUUUAGGAGUAUCAAAAUACCCGAAGGAGCCAAAUGGCCCCAACCCAGGACCUCACCUGAUAUGCAGUUCAACUUCAUGAUGAAGCUCAUUGAUAAAAACCAAUCCAGUUGUUAGAUUCGUUUAGUGCUGCUACUAUUACAAAAGGUACAUGCAAUCAAGCAAGUAAUGUAUUUAGGGUCAUAGCAACUAUUUUACUCCGUAUGUGUUUAUAUGUGAAAUGUAUAUCUUUAUAGUCUAGUACUUGCUUGUUCUUGCAAGAUAAAUGGAAAUUUGUGGUUUUCUUUA